AACAGCUCAAUCCCAGAUUAGUUGACUGACGGAGAUGCUGCUGAGCCUUUGCCAACGCAGGCUUCACUAUUACACCUACGUAACCUGGAUAAACAACAGCGAUGGAGACAAAACUGGAAGAUUUUAUAUCAGAAGACACUGCGCAUGAUCACAAGCUGGCAGAGAGUGGACUUUUCUUCAAAGCGGAGCACAAAGGCUUCGCUUCAAAGCCCCUGUUUGACGCUUGCACAAUCCACCGUGCCGGCUUUCUGCGCCGCUGCUGUGUUUACUGUGUAGUGUAUUUAUAACCGCACAUCAAGGGACUCCUGAGGCGAAUUCCUCCCAGGGAAUGUUUCCGUUGGUCCCGGGAGGACGACCUGAGCAGUCGCAAACUCUGCCUGAAUCAAGAAGGGAGCAUUAUGUCAACCACAAGUCACCACUUAAGCUAAAAACCUCCAGUGCUGCCGCUUUCAGGGGACACAAGCGCCCACAAGCCAGAGAGAGACCCUGGUCUGCUCCCAUUAGCAGGUCCCUGGAUGCCCCGCGGCACGCCGUCCUCGGCCGGCCGCUCCAUCCCAAUGGCCGGGAGUUGACCCCACCCACCAGGAUGACGCUGCGCGAGCGGCUGCGGCAGAGGAUCUCGGCGGCUUUUUACCGCCACGGGCUGCUAUGUGCCUCCUACCCAGUACCCAUCAUCCUCUUCACCUCCGCCAGCAUCCUCACCUGCUGCUAUCCAUUAUUGAGGCUUCCCUUGCCGGGAACGGGUCCUGUGGAGUUCACCACAGGGGUGCGAGACUACAGCGUCCCCUCUGAGCCUCAGGGAGAGCUUGGAGAACGGCCAGACUGGUACCGGGGUCCUCCAGUCGCCUACAUCCAGCAGGUGUUGGUGAAGGCUGCAGUGUCUCCGUGGGACAGCAGUUUGGUGCCAGUGGAUGUUUUUAGGUCGCCCUUGGGCCAAGUCUUCAGUCUGCUGGAGGAGAUUCACAAUCAUGUUCACUCUGACAGCUCCGGGGUUCGCAGUCUGGAGACGUUAUGUCUCCAGGUGACAGACCUGUUGCCAGGGCUACGUCGGAUGCAGUCGGUGCUGCCGGAGCAUGGCUGCCUGCUCGUUUCUCCUGGCAACUACUGGCAGAACCAGCGGGAGCUGUUCGACUCGGACCCAGACCUCCUGAAGACCAUCCAGAAGCAUGAACCCAAAGGCCUGCACACUUCGGCCACACUGCGAGACCUGCUGUUUGGUGUCCCUGGAAAGUACACAGGGGUCAGUCACUACAACAGGAAGAGGAUGGUGACCUACACAAUCACUAUCGUGCUGUCCAGCUAUGAUACAAAGUUCCUGGGCAGCUUACGGGCUCGUCUGACGCAGCUCCAUCCGUCGGCCAACUGCAGCCUGAGAUACGACCACAUGGUUCACGUUCACUUCAAAGAGGAAAUUGGAAUCGCGGAGCUGAUCCCCCUUGUCACCACAUACAUCAUCCUCUUCGCUUACAUCUACUUCUCCACACGUAAGAUCGAUAUGGUGAAAUCCAAGUGGGGCCUGGCUCUGGCUGCUGUGGUCACGGUCCUCAGCUCUCUCCUCAUGUCGGUGGGACUGUGCACAUUGUUUGGACUGACGCCAACACUCAACGGAGGAGAGAUUUUUCCCUACCUGGUGGUGGUGAUUGGCCUUGAAAAUGUCCUAGUCCUCACCAAGUCUGUGGUGUCCACCCCCGUAGACCUCGAAGUCAAGCUGCGCAUUGCUCAGGGCCUUAGUAAUGAGAGCUGGUCUAUCAUGAAGAACAUGGCCACUGAACUGUGCAUCAUCCUCAUAGGAUACUUCACCCUGGUGCCAGCUAUACAGGAGUUUUGCCUCUUCGCUGUUGUGGGGCUGGUGUCUGACUUUUUCCUGCAGAUGUUCUUCUUCACCACAGUACUAUCUAUAGACAUCCGCCGCAUGGAGUUGGCUGACCUGAACCGCCGUCUGCCGGCCGCGAAGCCGGGCUGCCCUCCACCCAAGCCUGGGCCGCUGCGUCCCCGCGAGGCCCCCCCACCCCCACGGCCGUCUCCCCACACAAUCCACCCUGCAGACCCCCGCCUCAGGAACCUCCGGCUUCCCAAGAGGCUGGCGUGUUGGUGGUACUUCCUGGCGCGCACACGUCUGGCCCAGCGCAUCAUCAUGGCUGGCACCGUAAUCUGGAUCGGCAUCCUUGUCUAUACUGACCCAGCCGGCAUCCGAACAUACCUGGCCGCUCAGGUGGCUGAGCAGAGCCCUCUGGGGGAGCCUGGGGGAGGCUUGCCCCCUCACCUGGGCGUAGCUCCUGUCUUUCGUGGUGGCGAUCCCACCAGCACCCUCAGCAUUCAUCCUGCACCAGAUCCCACUCCUUUACCUGAGAACCAAUCACAGGGCCACCAUGGCUCGGCUCGGGCGGGCCCCCUCCCCCACUCGCCCCCCGCUGUGCCUCAGAUCACCUGGGGGGAGGAGGAUGAAGAGGGUUGGAGGAGGCUGUCCUUUAGGCACUGGCCAUCACUUUUCAGCUACUAUAACAUCACUUUGGCCAAGAGGUACAUCAGCAUCCUACCAAUCAUUCCCGUCACUGUCCACCUGAGCCCCCAAGAGGCCAUUGACACAAGGCAUCCUCAGGACACAAGGCAUUCGCCGCCACCCAUCCCCAAAGUCUCAGCUGAUCUGCAGACAGACCUCACCCUCUACAAGGUGGCAGCUCUGGGUCUGGCAGCUGGCGUGGUCUUGGUUCUGCUGCUGUUCUGUCUGUACCGGGUUCUCUGCCCACGUAACUACGGUCAGAACGGCGUUGCUCAUGGGCGCAGACGCCGAGGAGACCUGCCCUGCGACGAUUACGGUUACUCACCGCCUGUCAGCGAGAUCUCACCUCUGCUGCUGCGGGGCCACAGUAUGGACAUCGAGUGUUUAGCAAGUGAUGGGAUGCUGCUGGCGAGCUGCUGCCUGGCGGGUCAGAUCCGGGUGUGGGACGCCCAGACAGGAGACUGUCUCACUGUCAUCCCAAACCACGGGUUAAGACGGUGCAGCAGCAGUGGCUGCUGGGAGCAGAGGGAUGGCUGGGACCCCAUUGGUGGAGCUGCAGAGCCAGAGACUUUAGGCUGUGAGGGCUGCGAUGCCUCAAUCAGUGGCGACGGCCUGACCGAGGACGAGGGCUUCCCACUGAGACGCCGCACAGCAGCGGCCCGCCUGACUCUGUUCACAGAUCAGCCCGAUCUGACUCCACUCAUUGAUACCAACUUUACCUCCCAGCCGCCCUCACAUGUCUCUACUCCACCCAGAGGAGGGUUUGACUUUGGAGGCUUGGUGGAGCGUGCCUAUGUGGAGCACGAGCCCCCCUCACCCUCCACCUACCCCGCGCCUCCCUCAGCCUCCUCCUCGCCGCCUUCAGGAGCUCCGCUUCAGAGGACACCCAGCCCAGGGGAGUCGGCAAACGCCUUAACGCAAGAGAGAGCCUUCAAAUCAGGGACACAGGCCACGGCAGACUGGGAGAGCUCUGUGUGGGCCAUGGAGCUGAGAGGAAACCUGAUAGCUGCUGGGAGGAGCAGCGGUAAACUGGAGCUGUGGGAUGCGGUGGAAGGCUCGUUACGCUGCAGCAACGACGACAGCGUCUCUGGGAUCACAGCCCUCGCCUUCCUCAACAACCGAAUCGUAGCAGCUCGAUUAAACGGGUGCUUGGAUUUCUUCACUGUUGAGAUCAACAAACCUCUGGGUGCGCUGCAGUUCAGAGGCGCCCCCGGCAGAGGCAGCAUGCCUCCCUCUCCUUGUUACAGCAGCGAGGAUGUGAUCAGCUGCCAGCUCACGCGUUCGGUGCAGUGUGCUCACCAGAAGCCGAUCACGGUGCUGCGAGCAGCCGCCGGAAGGGUCGUGACCGGCAGCCAGGACCACACUGUCCGGGUUUAUCGCCUGGAGGACUCGUGCUGCCUCUUCACCCUGCAGGGUCACUCUGGAGGGAUCACAGCCAUCUACAUAGACCAGACCAUGGUUCUGGCCAGCGGUGGACAGGACGGAGCCAUCUGCCUAUGGGACGUCCUAACAGGAAGCCGCGUCAGCCACGUUUACGGCCACAGAGGAGACGUCACGUCGCUUGUCUGCACCAACUCCUGUGUCAUCAGCUCGGGGCUGGACGACCUCAUCUGCAUCUGGGACCGAAGUACUGGCAUCAAACUCUACUCUAUACAGCAGGAGGUGGGUUGCGGGGCCAGUCUGGGAGUCAUCUCCGAGUCUCUCCUGGUCACUGGGGGCCAGGGCUGCGUCUCUUUCUGGGACCUCAACUUCGGCGACCUGCUGCAGACUGUUUACCUCGGCCAGAGCAGCGACGGUCAGAGUGUCCGGCAGCUGCUGGUGCUUGACAACGCCGCCAUCGUCUGUGACUUUGGCAGUGAACUUAGUCUGGUGUAUGUGCCAUCAGUGCUGGAGAAACUAGACUGAAGAGGAAUGCAUAGCAGCAGGCCUUUGUUGACAGCAUCAUUUUUCUUUUCAUCAUUUUGACUUUUGGACUUUUUACUUACCUGUCUCUAACUUGCAGAUGAGACCUGAGCACUUGACCGGUUUCUAGGUGCAUACAGGGCCCAUUUUACAUGGUAAUGUUUUAUUUGCAGUGGAAUGAGGAAAGCUAGUCUGAUCAUCCUGCUGCAUUUUAUCAAGAGUGAUGUUUGCUCGUUGCCCAUGUGUUGACAUCUAUAGGGUUAGUUAACAUUGCUCAGUUUGAGGAUCCAAUAGCCACCAGUCUGUGCUUUGUGUGCAUGCACGUUUGUGUGGCUCUGCCCUCCAUGCUGCUGACGUAGGUGGGGCUUCAGUGAGCCCACCCAACCAGAGAGGAACAUAAAUCUGUCUUGUGUUUUUAAAUAUUCCUGCUGCCUCGUUCACCCAGUGAAGUGCAGCUACAGCUCGAGUGGUUUAUAACCUGCUGAGACGAGUGUGUGUGCGUUUGAGAUUUGAAUGAAUUUAGGCUCUUUUUAUGGCAAAACACUGCGGAGAACAAACAUUUGAUAAGUUGUGAAUGAGGUGUGUGUAUGUGUGUGAGGGAAAAGUGAUGAUUACUGUAUAAAGUCAUCCUCCAGAGCAGGGGGCUGUUUUUAUAUGUAUAAGUCUAUUUAUUAGCGAUACAGUUUGAGUGAAAGGCUAAUUCCAAUUCUUAUACCAUAAUCAUGCAGAGGUAGGUGAUCACGUCGUCCGCAGGGUUUUGGAACUGGUUAUAAAUUGAUUAUUUGUGACGUUGAACUGGAAACACUGAAGUGUUUGUUGUAGAGGCUGUAGGAGACUGUUCUUUUUUGUUUGUUUUUCCCAGCUCCGGCCUCUCCUCCUGGGGUUACUGACGCUCUGUGCUACACCUUCAUCAGGCUACCUCCAUUUUCACUGCUUGAAUUUUGGAUGACAACACUGACGUUGUCCUGCACAGGCUUUCAUUGGCCGACGUCAUGUUUACAUUGGCUUAUGUAUCUUUUUUUGUAAAUUGUGCCCUUUAGAGAUUUAUGUCAAAAAUCACUGUUUACUAAAACUAGUUAACACAGUUUCGGUUUUGGCCACAAACAUUUACAAAUAUCAUUGUUUCAUAUCCUACAGUAAAUCAGGUUCUGAUGCCCACUUAAGUGGCAUUUGUCUUAAAACCUGUCUUUGCCUCUUUCUGCAGCCAGUAAGUGAAAAUUUAAAGAAAUAACAAAAGCAGCAGACGCUUGUUGGACUGUGUUGUUUUAAAUCUGUGCUGCACAUGUGAGAUUCAGUUGCUAAAUGAUGUUAAUUGAUUGAUAAAAAUUACUUCAUAUAUUCUGCAUAUUAUUAGGUUCUCAAGUGCUGCCUCUCGUCAUCUCACUUAGUAUUUUAAAUAUUUUUAAAUGUUUGAUUACAUUUAAUUGGCAGAUUAUGCUAUAAUGUAAGAGUGAGAAGUGAGAUUUUAGUCAUUUUUAAAUACAGCUCACAGAUAUUAUUCCUGUAUUUUUCUUCAUAAUAAUGCAGCAAUCAGUGCUGUUGUUCAGCACAGUUUAAAACUUGUUAAUGUCAAUCUAAACAUGAUCAUUCUGGCUUUGGCUGUGCUGCUUUUCAGACGAGAGCAUGAGAAACAGCGUGUUUACCACAGCCUUCCACCAUUAAACUAACUGAUGUAGGACUAGUCAACCACAGUAACAGUUUUAACAUCAUUCAUGAAGGGAUGACUCAUUGCAGGGCUGUAAGAAGGUGUCAUGUUUUUUUUUUUUUAAAGUGUCGGUGUUAAUUUAAAGAAUUAUUUAUUUUCUCUAAGAUAAAAAGUUUAACAUUAAGCUUUAGAAGUUAAACAUUUCCAAUCCUUAAAUUAUUCUGAAUUUAAAUACUGUGAUUCUGUUGUUAAAGGAAACCUAUGUCCACAACUGAUCUGGUCCACUAGAGUCAGUGCUUCACUCUGGACACCUGAUUAGAACGUAAGCCUCCAGAUAAAGAUGUUUUCUCCCCGAUGAACAACAUACAGAAUGUUUUCCUUCCAGUCUACUGUAUCUGUGUCUGUGAAUGUAGCCCCAGAAGGUGUGAUGAACAAAUCCGUUAAAACAUAGCGACUAAAUCCUUAAUGCACUACUAACCCUCUGACGUGUGCGCUCACACGUUAGGCACUUUGCAAACAUCAGCAUAGGAAACGUGAACGUGCAAUUCGUAAACCAAGUUCAUACCUGCAGCUUUAGCAGAUGCACACAUUUCCAGGUUUCAGCACAGGGAUGCGGGGACAACGUAGCUGACAUGAUGCUGUUAAAGUCAAGUAUUCACAUUUGUACUUUGCAGACAGCUGUGUCACAUCUGCAUCUCAGAAACCAAAGUUGGCGACUUCCUAGACAACUGUAACUGUUAAUUUAUUAGCUUUGUUUUCUGCUGUAAUGGAAUUGGAAAAAUGCCGUUUCUAGACUGUAGACUUUUUUUUUUUAACUUCUGUUUAUUAAUGUGAAUUUAAGGUAAGGCAAAAGAUCAACAUCUUGCAAAACAGUUAGUUCCUGACAGCACUGGGCAAACAAACAGAGAUGAAUAUUACUCUGGUGUAAUAAUUCAAAGGAAGUGUUUCUCUAAGUCUUAAUGGUGCGACCAUUUCAUUCCUUGUGAUAAUCUUCUAAUGGCUGUCAGUCAAUGUUCAGAUUUAUGUGGCUGUUGUUGCAUCGAUGAUACUUUGCACAAGUAGUUAAACUCUUAUUCAGUCUGAGAAACCAGUAAAGAUGUUAACAUGUGGCUCGUUUGAUUUCCAGACACAUAACUUGUCUCAGUUUGUUUACUCAUAUUCAGCCCUGUUGAGCUGAAGGUGGUGAUUCACAGAACCUCAGCUCUCACCUUUAUAAAGGCUGUAUAACAACACAAAUACAACAAGCUGUGUCUGGAAAAGGAAACGGUAUCAACAUACUGUCAGGUAAAACCUGAAUCAGUGCCGCACGCAGGUUUGGAUGGUGGACAGGAGUAAGGUCUUAUGAAUGUUUCGGUUCAUCUCACAUGAACAUGGCCUUUUAACAAUUCAUAUUAACUUGGUCGUACAGUUUAUAUGGUUCUGUCAGUUAGAGUGGGUCAUGCAUCUUGCUGCCGUUCAGCCUCAGACAUCACUCAUUGCUUCUCACUGAACACUCAUUAUGUGUUUGCGGAUGCAGCUGUUACCUGACUUUUUUCCUUCUUCUCCUGCGGCUGCAUCCUCACACGCUGUGGUCCACAUCUGACUCACCAUCAGCUGACUGCAAUAAGAACAGACUUAUUUCAUGGUUUAGACAAAGCUGUGGCAAAAACACAUGGUUUGCUCCCUCGAGCCUCCUCCCUUCAUUGGCUGGUAGAAGCAGUAACUUAUUACUAUUUUGUAACACAAAAAAAGCAAGAUGACUUUGUACUAAUUUUUAAAUAAAGAUGCUUUGAUACCACAACAGG